UUCUGACGGUCUGUGAGUGCGCAUCCCGUUACCGAGGCCGUACCGUCGUUCUGCCCAGUCUCGUCUCGCCCAAAGCGAACUAGUGUUCGUACUAUUGCGUGAAAGUGUCCUCGCAACAAGCAACAAGUGUACACAGUCGGCGCACAGAAACCAUCCCCUAGCUGGUGCCGCAAGCAUUUCAUUUUCAUUUUCUGCUACUAAGGCUAAUGAAUUAAAUGCAACCAGCUGGGAAAGUGUUCGUCAUUGGGCAGGGAACGCAGUCGCUCGUUAGGGUACCGUGCAACUUCCGUGCGGGUGAUAUCAUCAUGUAAAAUUCGUUCGAAACGGUGUGUUGACCGUGGUACAAGGGAACACGGUGAUCCCACGUACAUCCAUUAAAACGUUACCCAAACUGCCCGAUUUGGAUGUGUGUUCGUUUGACGUUCUUGGGAAAAGCAGUGAUACAGACAACACAGUCCACUCCAACCAUCGAAAAGGGAGUGCAAUUCUCGCGAAGGUGGAACAAUUCACCCCACAGCACGAUAGAUUUUGAUUAAUGGGCCACCGUUCAAUAGAAGCCAGCAACACCCAUCACAGCGUUUAAGUGGAAGAGACAACGAACCGACAACGGGCGGUGAUAAAGAUGAAAUAAUUUGAGAGCUGUAUGAGGAUAGUAUUGUACUGAACGUGUCCGAGGGAAAUACACUCUAGCAGCACCAUCAACGAACCACCGGUACGACCAGCUGGUUCUACCUCUCGUACCAACAACACACACAGACACACGCCUCCGUUUAAAAGUGGCGCCUAAAACGCACCUAGCAACGCCGCGCGAAAUGGAGGGCGAGGUCAGCGUGCUGCUGGUCAUUACCGUGAUCAUCGGCACGAUCCUGAUGACCUCGCUGCUGGCCUGCUACAUCUGCGUGUUCCGGCAGCUGUGCUGCUCGCGCGAUAUGGACCUCGACCGGAGCUACAGUACGCGCGGCUCGAAGCGCACGUUGCGCGACAGCACCAACCUGGCGGAGAUCACCAACAUCACCAGCCAGCAGACGGAGAUCGAGAAGGUUUAGCUAAGGGCGGGCGAAGAGGCCAUCACUUCGCUCUAGAACUUCGCCCGCCAGACAGAGCCUUCGACUGAAACCAACCGAAAAAAAACCAUGAUUUCACGUCACACGUUGGCUGUGUUGUACAUGUAGAUCAUCUUGUAAAUAGUGCUUCUCACAUCCGGCCUUUCCCUCCCUUCCAUCCCCCUCCACGUGUACCACAUCUCUGUAAGACCCGUCCGUAGUAGCUACGUUUAAGAAGUUCCCAAGACGAGAUUGUUUCUUUGAAGGGAUGCGAUGGAACCAAAAUUCUAGUCAGUAUUAGUUAGCUCUUCCGUCUGUGCAAUGAAAUUAAACUUCCAAUGAUCCGAAGAAUAAACAGCAAAGUUUCUGUUGUGUGUAACUUGUACAAAAACGAAUGCUCCACAAUCGGUCGAUGUUUGUAUACGUGUGAAUUCGUGCAUGUUGGUGUGUGUUUUUAUAGUUCUAGCAAGCAAACACUGUAAAGGUCACUGUAAAGGCAAAUAAACAUGUUAAAAUGUAUCUGUU